AUGUCGUCUUUGCCAUUGUCCAUGGUCUUUGUGAACAGCAAGAAGUUUGCCUGCGAAUCCUGCAUAAAAGGACACAGAUCUUCGUCCUGCCAUCAUACAGACCGUCCCUUAUUCGAAGUCAAGAAGAAAGGUCGUCCCGUUUCUCAAUGUAACAAAUGUCGCGAGCUUCGUCAGUCAAAGAAACUGCACUCAAAGUGCACUUGUGAUCCCAAGGACCGUAUGACCCAGGAACAACUCAUCCCAUUGUCAGCAGGCUCAAAGUCCAGGAGGUUCAUUCCUAUAGUCCCGGCAUUACCAAACGGUUUGAAAGACGUUCUGAAUCCAGCUCGUUCAUCCUGUUCGAAAGAGCCUGACUCUCGGCAAAAAGUCGAUUCGCUGCUCAACCCAUGUACUUGCAAUAGCGUUUGGAAAUGUAACUGCAGCAGAGACUCUGCAUCCUCGUCUAAAGUCAGCGAUGCAGAGAGCUUGACCACCCUUGCUCGCGUUGCGGCCAUGCACGAUUCCGCACUCCUGGAAACACCUUCUUCCAACUCAAUGAAGAAGCAUCCUCAUAAACUCAAACGUCUCCAUUCUCGACCAGGCACUCCACCCCUUGCAACGCGCAAGCGCUCAAGCGAAAUCAGACAUAUAUUGCAUUAUUCCAAAGGACCAGACCUCCCUCCAAUUCUCUCUGUACCGUCUUCUUCCCAAUUGCCAGUAUCUAUACCCGAAUUCGCCUCCAUGCCUCCCAUGAGUGAGAUCACGUCACUUGCCGGCUCUGGUUGUACCUGUGGUCUUCAGUGCGCUUGUCCAGGAUGCCCUGAACAUCGAGGCUCCGAUAACGUCGCGAAGGAUCGACGAAACUGCGCGGAUGGAUGUGGAACGUGUAUUGACUACGCCGGAACUACGAUCAAGGACAAAAAUCUUCCCAACUCAGACUUUCUUGAUCGCUUUUUUGCCCGUGCAGCUGCUCUCCCCCCACCCCCCGCUCACCGCCGAUACGGGAGCCGCACACUCGACCCAACUGAUGUCACUAUUUACCGGGCAUCAGAGUCCUUACUCUCAGGCAGCGGCAGUUUGCCAAAAUUGGAGUGCUGUGGUGGCCAGUGUCUUUGUCCAAGUGGGCGUUGUUCUUGUGGGACCUCAUGUGAUGGUUCUUGCUUGGCCGGAGGGCCCAGUUCAUCUGCUCAGCUUGCAGCUGCGACAAUAACGCCCCCACCCACCGGCUGUCAAAACUGUAGGCAGAAGACGGUGUGA